AUGAAGUUUGGUACUUUGCUUGAAUUGAACAGCAACGUCGAGUGGUGGAACCACUACGUCGACUACGAUGCGCUCAAGAAGCUCUUCCCCUCUGUGCCCCUCGACCCAACUUACCUCGCAACCCAGGAGCACAAUGAGCGCGGUUCAUUACUGCCGACGCACCGCGCCGAGUCGGCCAAAUGGGCCACCCCCGAGCAGUUUAACGCUGCGCUCGACCGCGAACGCGAAAAGGUAGCGACAUUCUACAACACCAAGCUCGCCGAGCUGCUUGCGUCAGAGGACCUUAUCGAGGACGAGGUGCACUCGAUCGAGUUGCGCGAGCUGAGCGGCGACGACGAGCUGAUCCGCGAAGAGGACGAGGACCUCGACGACGACGCCGACGAAGGCGAUGCCCUCAUGCACGCCCCUAGCCCCGGCCGCCAUCUACACAAGCGUGGAUCCGUCUUUGGCCGCCUGCCUAGCAUGCCGAGGAUUGGCCGCGCCAAGGUCUCGACGGACCAGGCCGACAUUAUCGAGUCGACGUUCCCCGGUCCCGUCCGCAGGGGCUCGCGUCAACGCUCCCGCUCGGUCGUCUACCCAAGCACCACCGAGGACGAGGGUGGCACGUCGACUGGUGGACCGCCUUCGCCUGUCCGUGCCCGCGUGCCGCAGCACCGCCGGGCCCUGUCAGACCUGUCGUCCGCCGACGACCCACACUUUGAUCGCCGUACAUCGUUUUCGUCCAUGUCGAGCGGCGGCGGCUGGGGCCGCGGUGGCAGGCGCACGCAGAAGCUCGGCCUCCAGGCCAUCGAGCCGUCCAACUACCCCGAGUGGCUGCAGGACGAGGUCCACCGCGACGAAGAGGCAGGCGACCUCGACGACACGGUCUACUACAACUGGACGGGCAACUCGGACUAUGCCACUGUCCUCCGUAUCGGCUUCAAGAAGCGCAUCUCGGCCCUGUGGCUCGACUUUUACGCACUUAAGCAGUAUGUCGACCUCAACAUGACGGCGUUUGAGAAGAUUUUGAAAAAGUAUGACAAAAACACAAACUCCAAGCUCAAGAAGCAAUACAUUACCGACAAGGUGCUCACCACGCUCCCGUGGACGGCGGACGCCAAGGAGCAGCUCGACCUCAUGCUCUCAAAGACCCUCUUCGUGUACCGCCGCGUCGUGGUCGCCGGCGACGAAGAGCUCGCCAAGGAACAGCUCCGUGCUCAGCUCCGCGAGCGUAUUGUCAUUGACCGCGAGACGGUGUGGUCGCAAAUGGUCUCUGACCGCCGUGGCCAGGGCAUCUUCCGCAGCGUCGAGCCCGACGAGCAGCUGCCUGCGUUUGCUGCGCCCAAGCCUGGCUUCCGGACCCCAUGCGGUCGCCUGGUGUUCCCCAAGUGGAUCUCGCGCCGCGCCUUGAUCUUCCUGAUCGCCGUCGGAGCCCUCGUCGCGCUGUGCCAAAAGCAGCCAUUCGACCGCGUCGAGGAGAGCAACUGUAUGGCCAUGCUCGUCUUCUGCACUAUUCUGUGGGCGUCCGAGGCCAUUCCGCUGUUUGUCACGUCCCUCAUCGUCCCGUUCCUCGUGGUGGUUUUGCGUGUCCUCCGCUCAGACGACGAAGAGGACCGCCGCCUCACAGCUGCCGAAGCGACCAAGUUCAUCUUUUCCCAAAUGUUCUCGCCCACCAUCAUGCUCCUCAUCGGUGGCUUCACCAUUGCCGCCGGUCUGUCCCGUACGCGCAUCGACCACAUGACUGCCUCGCGCAUUCUCAACGCCGCCGGCAGCAACCCCAGUACUGUCCUUCUUGUCCUCAUGUCGGUGGCCACGUUUGCCUCCAUGUGGAUCAGUAACGUCGCCGCCCCGACCCUCUGCUACGCGCUCGUCCGCCCCAUCCUCGACGAGUUGCCGCCCAAGUCGGUCUUUUCCAAGUGCCUGAUUAUUGCCAUCGCACUCGCGUCCAACAUUGGCGGACAGACGUCGCCCAUCUCGUCGCCCCAGAACCUGAUUGCCCUUGGCUCCAUGGUUCCCGAGCUGACGUGGCUCGAGUGGUUUGCCAUCUCGCUGCCCGUCGGCAUCACGUCGAUCAUCACCAUCUGGGCGUUCCUGCACAUCAACUACCGCUGGGAGGCCGAGCUCCGUAUCCCCAAGAUGCGCAAGAACACCGACUCGCUCACGAUGAAGCACUGGUUUGUGCUGUUUGUGACUGCCGUCACCAUCGCCCUGUGGUGUAUCGAGAAGAAUGUCGAGUUGUACGUCGGCGACAUGGGUAUCAUCGCCAUCAUCCCCAUUGUCGCCUUUUUCGGUACCGGCAUCCUGCGCAAGGAAGACUUCCACGACUUUCAGUGGCCCAUCGUCUUCCUCGCCAUGGGCGGUGUGUCGCUCGGCAAGGCCGUCCUCUCGUCGGGCCUCCUCGACAGCAUGGACCACGUCCUCGAAAAGCUCGUCGACGGCAUGGGCCUGUACUCGAUCCUCAUCGUGUUCUGCAGCAUUGCGCUGGUCAUUGCCACUUUCAUCUCGCACACGAUUGCCGCUGUGCUCCUUGUCCCCAUUGCGUCGCGCAUCGGCGACUCGAUGGCCGACCCGCACCCGCGCCUGCUCAUCAUGGCCACCGCCCUGAUCUGCUCGGCCGGCAUGGGUCUCCCCGUCUCGGGCUUCCCCAACAUGACGGCCAUUACGCAGGAGAACAAGCUCGGCCACCGCUUCAUCAGCGCCAGCGACUUCCUCAAGAACGGUGUCCCGGCCUCGGUCCUCGCCGCGUUCGUCAUCGUCACCAUUGGCUACGCCAUUAUGCGUUCGCUGGGCAUGUAG